CAGCCGGCCAUUUUUGGCCCUAUCGUGACCUCUCCAAUCUUUCAAUUCCCCGGCGACUGUCUGGCUCGCCAUUUCGCAUGCUCCCCCGGUCUCCUUUGCUCCAUCCCGACUACUUCCUGUUCCUGCUGGCACAGACAGGAUUCAAGGUGACGAUCCGGUCCUUCGCUGAUGAUCGCACUGGCGUCUUCCGGUAGAGCCUGCAGUAGCCUACACGCCGUUGUUAGGGACGGCUUCUUGGCCUCUGUCUCGGCUCCGAAAUCCUCUGGCCUCCGAUACUCCCUCGUCUCCUCCCUCGCCUCAACAUCUCGUUCCCCGCGAUUCUCCCGCCGUGCCUUUCAUUCCACGUCGCCGUUAGACUCGGCGACUCCACGAAUCUCAUAUCGCGUCGCCGCGUCCUCUUCCGGCAAAGGCCGCCGGUUCCAUCCGGCCAAAAACACCUAUAACUUCACCCCCGACCUCCACGAAGCCAUUGGCGUCGCAACAGACACAGAGAACAAGGCGCUCCGGCGAAAGAGGAGGCCCGAUAGUGGUGAGGAUGCGUUCUUCGUGAGCAGAGUCGGCCGAAAGGACUCUGGCGCAGUAGCCUUUGGAGUCGCCGAUGGCGUGGGCGGCUGGGCUGAGUCGCGCGUCGAUCCAGCAGACUUCUCGCAUGCGCUAUGUGGCUAUAUGGCUCAGUCGGCCAUAUCCUGGAAGUCGCCCGUCGAAGAAUUACGGCCAAAGAACCUCCUCCAGACCGGAUACGACCAAGUCGUAGCAGAUGAGACGAUCCGAGCCGGAGGCAGCACCGCGUCAGUCGGCGUGGCAUAUCCAGACGGACGAAUUGAGCUGGCCAACCUGGGCGACUCGGGCUCAGUUCUCCUUCGCCUUGCCGCCGUCCACCAUUACACCGUCCCGCAAACCCACGGCUUCAAUACUCCAUACCAACUCAGCAUCAUUCCGCCGCGCAUGCGCGCUCAGGCGUCCAUCUUUGGCGGCGCCUUUCUCGAGGACUUCCCGCGCGACGCGGCCGUCACCAACCUCCAUAUGCAACAUGGAGAUGUCCUCAUACUAGCUACUGACGGUGUUUUCGACAACCUCAACAAUCAAGACGUGCUCAAGCUUGUCACGAGUCGCAUGGUUCUCACGGGCGCCUGGACCGCCGAUCCCGACGCUGGCAUCCGUCCCUCGGAGGAUCUCAAACAACUAACCAGUCCCGAGGGUCUCUCCUCUCUUCUUCCUACGCCAUCCUCCUCACCCUCCUCCGACCCCGACUCUCCGAAAUCAUCCUCCCCUAGCACGCGCCAGCAGACCUACACCCUUCAGUCCCUCAUCGCCGCCACGAUUGCCGGCGAGGCCAAACUGGCCAGCAUGGACAUGCGUCGUGACGGACCCUUCGCCAAGGAAGCCCAGCGCUACUACCCCGGUGACUGGUAUCGCGGCGGGAAAGUCGACGAUAUCAGUGUGGUGGCAGUAGUUGCCGUGGACGAGGGAUACUCAGGAUGAUGAGUGGUUUUUCUGCAAAAGCGAGGCUUCUCUGCCUCCAGUAUAAUAUUUCCUUUCUUUUCUCUUACUGGACUUUUCUUUCAUGAACGACUUCCAUGCACAUGCACAUGCAUGCAUUUUCAUGCCGAUACCUAUACCUACACACCUCUUCUAUACCUAUACUUUCUGGUUGGACUACGUCAUUCCUAUAUAUACAUACAGUGACACACUGUUGUACCUUUUCUUUUCCAUUUCUUUCUCUGGCGGUCAUCAGGUACUAUACUUUUCUUUUCCUUAUUGGUCUUGGUCAGGGCAUUCAUAUUGGUUAAAAAAACAGGUAGAGACGGAUGAAAGCAAGAUAGAACUUUAUUAUUAUUGAUAGACUUGACAAGUGAUACUUCAC